AUGAUUAUCAUGAGACACAGAAUCAUGUUUCGACGUUAUGUUCUUAGCAUUUCUAUACUUAUUCUCCUGUAUAUGAUGCCAAUAUCUUUAACACACGGAUUUGAAUGUUCCACGAAUUGUACGUUGAAAGAUGGGAAGCGUACUGUGGGUGAUGAAAACACAGGUAAAGAUCCUCCCAGAAUGAGGUUCAAAACCAUCAGCACAAGUGUCACUUUAAUGGCGUCAAUAGGCUUGAACUGCCGAGUGUGCCAAAGCAAUCCAGCCUCGACGAUAGAGUGGUUUUUCAAUGGUAAACCGCUCGAAUUCAAAGGACAGAGGAUGCAUGUAACCUCGACCCCGUGUCAGGAAACGCUGUUCCUGUUGGUAAUAUUGGGCGAAGACGAAGGAAAUUAUACUUGCGUUGCAAGAAAUAAAUUUGGUGAAACAAAUUCAACCACAGAAGUGAAAAUCAUCGACAACGGUUGUUCCAAUGAGUGUAAACUGGCUAGUGAUGGAAGACGUAAAGUUGGCAGUAAACCUAUUGGUCCACCAAGUAUGAAAUUCGAGCGGUCCCAGAAAUUAGCGAUGGUCAACUCCAUGGUGGAGAUCACAUGCGCUCUCUGUGAAAGCAAUCCACCAUCCACUCUGACAUGGUUCUACAAUGGUACUCGACUUGAUUUAAACCGUCGUGAUGUACAAGUUAUUCCUAGUUGUAGCAAAGAAUCGCUGUAUUUCCGAGUCUUGAAAAAUAAUGGAGGAACCUACACUUGCGUGGCUAAAAAUGCCUUGGGAGAGGCUCGUUCAACGACUGAAAUUUCGUCUUUAGAUUCCAGCGAACCGAUGAGAAGUAUUGCCAUUGGCCUGGAAGGCAAGUCAGGAACCAUUCACGGAAAGUUUGUAAAAAUGGGUUCACCUCUCAAUAUUACCUGCACUGUUCACCAUACUCCUUGUGGUGACCAGAGUCGUUGGCUGUGGAAAAGAAAUGACAAAAUAAUCACAAGAAACAACACUGAGUAUGUACAAGAAAACGGACGAUGCGGGUCAAGGUUGAUUCUAAAUGAAAUGAUGAAGAAUGUCGAUGGUGAUUACCAGUGUUCCUUAGGACAUAGCAAGAAUACAAUUUCACUAACCAAAGUUCCUUGCUUCCAAGGUUUCUACUGUCCAUCUUCCUCUCAUAAAGCUUUACGUUGUCCAAACGGUACCUUCAGCUUGCACCAGAAUGCUACAGACCUCAAACAGUGUGAUCCUUGUCCCACUGAUGGACGAAACGAAACAUUGAGUGCUCUAAAGGACAAAAAGCCUGGAUUAGUUGAGAUUUUUAAAGAAAACUGUCCACAUUUGUCCCAUACGAAAACGUUGAAUACAGAUUCUGGGUUAUCGCAAGGAAAAAUUGUAGCCAUUGCAUUGUGUUUGACAGGAAUUGCUGUAGUGUUCCUGCUAAUAAUCUUCUACCUCAUGCGAAAAUAUCGUCCAUACAAGAGAAUCGCUCGAGCUCCGUUGGCAGAUGUACAAAUAGAAAUUCCGGAUGUCCCUCAAUCAAAAGACGUAUUUGUUUGCUACAGCUCGAAGAACCAAGAAUGGGUUCACGGUACGCUUCUCUCGAAUCUACGAGCACAAAACUUUGAAACCUUCAUCGAUUUUAUAGACUUUGAAAUAGGUCUUCCGAUCCAUCAAAACAUUGUUAACGGAAUCUAUGGUAGUAGAAAAACGAUAUUUGUACUAUCUAAAGACUCUUUGAAAAGUUAUUAUGCACGUACAGAGCUUGGCCAGGCUCUCGCGGCAAGCUGCAGGACUGGACAUCAGGUGAUUGUCAUUUUAUAUGAGAAAUGUAAGGUUCCUGAUGAAAUUUCAGACAUCGUUUACCUUGACUGGACGGAUGAAGAAAAGAGAGAUCAUUUCUGGCAAAAGUUGUACGAUGCCAUAAGGACACCGCUGGCAAAUGAGCUGGAGACCUUAUAGAAGAGAAAACAAAUCCACGGGUCACGCAUAUAGAUGAUAGAAUAUACCAGGAAACCUAACUUGGACACGUUUCCAGUAGUUUAAUACUGGGAUUUUACAGCUUGAAAUAUAUAACUAAAUGAUUCUUUUUUAAUAACAUGAUUCCAGAAUAUGAAGACUUUUACUGUAAAACGACUUUGAUUUGCUGCAG